AAUAAACACGAAAUGCACCUGCGCAGAAACAAUUACCGCAUUGUAUUAGAUCGUGGGCUCGUAAAUUUCGCUGGAAAUACUGCAAGUGUCAUUACAAAGAUGAAGCCAGCCGAAAACUCACUGAGUUUCUUCACCAAAAAUCACUCAAAACACGAUUCUCAAUGGAGAAUGACAGGGGCAAACGUUUCAGUAGUUUGCGUAGCGUGUUUGGUAGAGCUUUUGGAAAAUGCUGAUGUUCUCCACCUUCGAAAACGCAAGGCCCUUCGUGAGGUUGUCUUUCUUCUCUCGAACAGCCAAGUUCUCUUGGAACUUCUUUCCCAAAAUGCGAGAAUCACCUCCCACCUCUGCAGUGUAAUAAUGGAUCUGUUGACCUCAGAGAACGAACUUCUGAUGAACACGGCAAUCGAAGCUCUUGACAUCGUAACGGUCAAACUACGAUCAGAAAGCCUGGUUGCAGAAAUUGUGGAAAAGUUGGAGAACCAAAUAAUCAAAUUGAAUAACUUGAAGAAAUCCUAUCCUUUUGUUGUGGCCUUGGGGAGAUUUCUAAAAUCAAUUCCGGCUUUAUCUCAAGUAAUCGCUAAAGAUUCGUCCAGUUUGAUGGAAUAUUUGCUUUCCAACCUUCUGUUUCCGGAAGAUAAUGUCAAAGCAGCUUUUCUUUUCGUCCUCGUGCAGAUUUGCUCGAACGAGGAGGCGUUGAACGGGUUGAGUUUGCAGAUCAAAGAGAAGAUAUGUAAGCAAACAUGCGCCGUUAUCAACUGCUCAAUCGGCAUGGAUGUUCAAAUAAACGCCCUUAAAGUUUUGAAGCUGUUUGCCAGACAAUCAGACGUGCUGAAGUCUGUUUUGAAGCCCUCAAACACGGGCAACUGCGCAAUGGUGGAAAGCUUGAAGAAAUUGCUGCUGUCACCAAACGAAGCAAUCCAGAUCGGAACUAUACAAUGUAUCACUCAGAUAUUAAGAAAUGACCCAGUGGAGAAUGAUUACACUAGAGUCUUCCUGACUUGCGGAAUUGGAGAGAUGUUACUUGAAGACUUGGAAUGCUCCAGUGACAUAAUUCUGGGGUCAGUGUUCUGUUGUUUAGAUCAUAUGGUUAGAACUCAAAUCUUUUACUCCGAAGGCUACUCCGUGUACGGUAUAGAGUCAGUAAUCGUUGGUGUAUCGAAAGCCAUCAAGCUCAAGAACCACGAAAUAAUCAGGCAAGCCACUCAUGUGUUAGCACUGAUUUUAUCAAAGCAACCCUCUAACGUCCAGCUCUUUCCAAAUGAUGAGCUCUGGAAGAAGUGUGCUGGCGUGCUGUUCGAGUGUCUGCAGUCUGCAGACCACAGGGUGCUGACUCAGGCAGCGAAUGCAGUGGAACAUUUUCUGAACAUCGACUUCUUUCCCCCAUCAAUGGAGUUUGAAGCUGUUAUUUCUCUUGUGUCAAGCAUUACAUCACAUUUACAGAAGUUCACCAAGCCAAUGAUACAUUUUAGAAAUAUUCCCAAAGGGGCACUCGAGACAUUUCUGUGCACUCUAUUAGAGGUACUCAAGAAGAGUUUCCAGUUUGUUCAAGAUUACCAAGAUCGCAAACCAUCCUAUACAGCCCUGCUAAUACAGAAUGAAGCAUCAAUUUCAAAAGAGAAAGAAGUGCUAGGCCAGUUUGUGGAGUCGUUGUGGAAAGUCAUUGAUCAAACAUGCGUUCCAGCCUUAGUGGUGAACUGUGAGGCUAUUGAGAACCAAACUGUGUUUAAGAACGUUUUUGAGAUCCUACAUCUCUCCGUGUCUUCGCUGAGUAUCUGCAGGAAGGUUUUUGCCCAAAAGCUUGCCUCAGGGUCGUUUGUUCGACUGUCGCUUGAGAUCAAAGAAAAAUUCCAUAGAAGAGCAGAGAGCAGUGAGCUUGGAGAUGCAAUAGCAACAUUCUUGACAGAACUUUGUCUUACACUCAGUGAUGCCUCUGACAGCAUUCAGCUUGGAAAAUUGUUGAAGACAACUGACAUUGGUGGUAUUUAUUCCUCAACAACGUGCUUGAACUUGCUGACCCAAAGUGCAGUAAGGCAAGGUACUAAUGAGAUCAUCGACGACUCACUCUUCAGCACACAAUGCGCUUGUAUUGAGCUGAUGUAUGUGUCGUUUGCUCACGGUGACGAGAUAGUUCCUGUUGAGCACCUUAUGACAAGUCUACACAAGUAUCUUGUCUUGCAUCAAGAUCUCAGAAUCGUGCCUCGCGUCUCACUGAAACAUUUGUUGUUUCUCUGGACGGGAUGUUACAGAAGGCUAAGGACAUUACCACUGCAAUCUACCGUCGUCGAAAACAUGAAAGCUUCCCAAGAGAUUCUAGAGCAAAGUUUGGUGAAGUUCAAAGUAGAUGAGUUUGAAUCCAUUUACAUUCAUGACCCUCUCUUCGUUUCCUGGAUAUUUUCUCGUGAAUCUCUGGCACAAGCCUUUGGACGACAGGCUUUGAUCAGCUUUCUAGGAACAGACACAGCACAGGACUCUCCCAUUAACGCAGAACUCUACAAUCUUCUAGCAACUAACUUACAAAGCUUUCGCACGUUUGUCUCGCUCGUUGAAUGUAACGAGGAAGCUAUCGCCAAUCGUGUAGUGACCAUCCUGGAAAGAUUGAUCGGCCAAGAUUCAGACGCUUCAACAAAGCUAAGCAUGUCCAAUCAAAGGUCACUGGCAACUCAUAUAACAAGUAUUUUUCACAAGCUUUUCCUGAGCCACAAGGCUAAUCCUCUUCAGGAGCACUCAAUUACUGCCAUGCUGAAUGUGAUGGUGGCUGUCCAAAUGAAGAACCUGGCAUUUGACAUCAAGCUUUUGUACCAUGUCAUUAACUUGUUGACAUCAACCAAAUGUUGUCAAACAUUCUCAGUCGUCGCCUUCAAUUACCUGAACGUGUCGUUAGCUUGGGACACACACAGAGAAAACCAGAGGGUUGCUGCAGUGCUUCUUUCCAACAAAGGGUUCUGUAGCUUUGUCCAAGAGAUUCUGAAUGCCAGCCCAGCCAAAGAUGAUGGAGAGCGGAGGGAUUCCCUGGAGGAUAUCAAUUUACUAGCGAGUAUCUUGAUUCUCAUCUCGUCCCUUGCAAACUCCCAGAUGCUGGCUCAGAAAGACGACCAAGAUGCAUUCAGAAUUGACAAGAACUGCAUGAUGAAACUCGCCAAUAAACGGCAAAACAUUUUGGGACUUUCAAGUCUUGUUUUCUGGGAUUCCUUCUUUAGAACAACAGGUGAAUCAGAAAACCCUGUCGUGGUGUUGUCAGUUAGGACCCAGGAGAAGUAUCAGCCCCUUGAGAAGCUAUCCGAUGUGGAUCUCCACGUAUUGCUUGUUUACCUGCAGAACUCCUUAAUCCAUGACAGUGAGACUGUAAGGCAAUGUGCAGUGAAGUGCUUGGACAGCUUCCUAACCUACGUUCCAAACGCCAGCUACUUCGCAACUAAUCCAUGGAACAAAAUCGUUCUGGAAUCACAGUUAUGUGAGCUCAAUGUUAACGUUGUAACCCCGAGCUUGGUUCUGUUUUGUUUGCUCAUUCUGCAACAUGCAGAGGCUGAUGAACACCAACUGUCUAGCGUCCUUCAAAAUGCAGUGAAGUCCAUUCUUGAGAAAAUUCCGAGCAUUCCGUGUUCAGAGCGAGAACUGUCGUGGCAGUGUAUUAAUCUCUUGGUUCAAGUGUUAAGCUCGAAAGAGUUCAUGCCAUCCAACCAAAAGGGUGCUGUUGCCACUUGGCUAAGAACGUUUAAGGAGUCACUGAAAACAAAUUUCGAGGAGAGCGCCUCAACCAACGAAUCAAAGCAGGAUGACCUGAUCAAAGAUAUGACGUUCUUCAAAUUAGAUGCAGUGAUUUUUGCAAAGAGCAUGCUUAAACCACAAAAUACCAAGGGUUCUGAGCUCUUGGAAAAAGCAUUGCUACUUCUUGAUGAUAAGAGCGACGAAGAUGCGGAAACUGGAAAUCAGUCCAUUGUAUUGUAGUCUCCAGCAAUGACCGAUAGAAAAUGUCAAAGGGUUGGGGGUACCAGGCACAAUACCUUAACUACACCUUGUUCUACCGGGAGAAAAGGUGAUUGGAACUGAAAGCAAACCAAGCUUGAAAAUUGAAGGCGAGUUUAAUCACUAAACAGAGUUAACGCACUCAUACUAGUCAAGAAAAGAUGCUUUUAUUAACUAAUCAAGGCAAAGACUCCUGCUAAGAUGACUCACAAUCAUCUCCAGGAAAACCAUUUCAAAACUUUUGCUCAGUUAAAAAAAAA